UGCUCCUAGAGGCCCAGCUUUUGUGGCCUCGUCACCUGCAGGUAUUGGGAGAUCCACAGCUAAGACGCCAGGACCCACUGGAAGCCUAGAAAUGUUGGCUCCAAAAUCCGCGGCCCCGAGUUCUCCUUGGCGCAGCUCGGCCCUCAGUCCCCUUCAGCCAUAGGAUGGCGGCCGGGCUGACAGCUCGGACCCCGGGCAUCCUGUCUCCUCCCUGCGCAGUGACUGUGCCUUGGUCUGGAGUCCUCUGUGGGCAGCUCUGCCCCCACUGCCGCAGCUCUCCCCGAUUGUGCAGGGACCACUGGACGGUCAUCAGGGGAGAAUACUGACUCGGGAUGCAGAGUUCAUGAAUGGGAAGAGCUUUGGUCUGCGGGGUUCCCAGUCCCCCUUUUUUUCUAUUAAAAAUUUGUGGAAGUCUCCGCAGAAAUAUUAAAGAAUUUAAUUAAAGAGUAAUUCAAGAAUUGUAGAGCACCAAGCUAUGUUUUGUAGUUUGUGGUUUAUGGAAGGGGCUUGAAGAAAACACUUUUAUAAAGUGCAUGAUAAAGGAAAGCAAAUUCAAUAAUUGGUUAGGUAAAGUUAUGUAGUUUCUUAAUUUGUAGGAUCAAGGUGGAAAUUCCCUGGUCAUGUAAUGAGAGGUUAAUUGGCAGUUUAUAGUUGGUUAAGCCUGAAUUUUAUUUUCCCCCAAUGUAAUACUUUAGAAAAAAAGCAUUCGAGUUAGAUUUUUUUGCAAGUAGCAACCCUAGGACUGGAGCCACCUCAGUCUAAUUGCCUGCCACUUAAUUAUUUUCACACUCCACAGGGCACUGAUUUUCCUCUGCAUUUUUCACUUCUGUCUCAAGCAGGGUCUCAAGACUUCUCCCCAUUUCCCAUUCCUCCAGCCUAACUCUGGCUUGCAGUAAAAUACUAAAUUUCCAGUUCCUUCUGACAUUCCCAAAUGCCAAUUUCCCCUCCCUAAUUCACAUUAUCAACUAUUUGUCCUUUAGUGUACACUUUAGUGUACAUUUUAGGUACCAUAUUUUAAUUAAUCAUUUUUUGACAAAGCAUUGGCUGGCAUUUUAAAAAAGAUUUGUUUUCUGUUUGUAAAUAUUUCCCAAGAGAAGAAAGCAAAGAAUAAUCCCCUGACACUAUAUUGUAAAAAAUGUUCUGUGCCUCCUUUCCUUUUAUUGCCUCUAGCCACAGAAACCUUAUCAGAAUAUUUUUGGGUCAGGGUUUCCCUUUGGAAACUUUAUAAGGUAAUGUGUCCUCAGCCACCCUUCAGUUUUUUCCCUGGUUCUGGGUUUCAGUACUGUCUGGGGAUAAAUCAAGAUAUCCACUGUGGCUGUGUAUGCUAGAAUGUCUAGUAAAUUUCAGCUCCUGGCCUGGAAUGAAACUUCGCAUAUCUGGGAAUGGGAGACAGGACAGCCUGAAGUUGGAGUGUAGCCUCUCAAGGGAGUGGAUGCCCUGAGGCUGAGAGGAGUCUCCUGGGGUACUCUUCCUUUGAAAAGCAAACCCUUAGAGAAGUUAAGAUUGUCUUCAAGCAACCCGGCUUCCAUUUCUCGAAGACACAUUGCUGGUCAGCCAAUCAGAUGGUGGUAAUGAGGGAAAAACAAAUAAUUUUUUUUUUCUUGGAUUCUCCGAGAAUUAUGAAAGAGAAAAUAGUAUCCCAAAAGACAAAAAAAAAAAAAAAAUCAAACCUGGCCCCAGUGAGAUGGUGCAGCAACUUGCAAAGUGAAAUGCACCUUGGGGCACUCAGUGGGGCCUAGUACAGUGUCUCUGGAGAGGGUGGUCACUGAGCACUUAAGUGAGCAGGAUGGGGGUGGGAGAAUCUCUCAAGGGAUUGGGUGGCCUGACUUGACACAUGAGUCAGACACAUCUGUUUUUUAAUGAGCACCGUAGCUCCCUGGGUUUGUCACCUUGAAAAGGUUUGUUCACUUAUUUUGACUACAGUUUUUUAACUGUAACUUGCAUUUUAUUAGUAGGGCUUAAAAGGUAAGAAAAUAUUUACAAAGGGCAUAAAAGAGGUGGGGCUCAGAAGAAAAUCAAUAUCUAAUCCUAUAUUCCAUUCUUAAGAAUACUCAUUUAAGGAAGACUCUGUCUCAAAAACAAAAACAAAACUCAUUUACCUUUUUCUUUCCCAGACCGAGUUUAGAAAUUUUCUCAGGUGUGUGUUUUUGUUUUUGUUUUGUUUUGUUUUGAGACGGAGUUUUGCUCUUGUUGCCCAGGCUGGAGUGCAAUGGCUCAGUAUCAGCUCACUGAAACCUCUGCCUUCUGGGUUCAAGUGAUUCUCCUACCUCAGCCUCCCAAGUAGCUGGGAUUACUGGCAUGUGCCACCAUGCACCAGCUAAUUUUUUGUAUUUUUAGUGGAGAUAGGGUUUUUCCAUGUUGGUCAGGCUGGUCUUGAACUCCCUGCCUCAGGUGACCUGCUCGAUCUGCCCGCCUUGGCCUCCCAAAGUGCUGGGAUUACAGGCGUGAGCCACCGCGCCCAGCCAGGUGUGUUUUUUUAAUGACUUGGUGACAUCCAACAGAAUUCCAAGGCUUAGUUUUUAGAGUGCUACAAAGGAAAAAAAUAGGGAAAAUCUCUCUUCCAUUUUGGCUGUAGAAAAUGAAUACAUUUCCAUAAGAAAAUGUGGUAGAUAAUUGGUGAGUUACAUGCAUGAAAACAUCAGUUCCUCUUUUUGCAGGGUACAUUUGUUACAGGGAAUACCUCUGUUCUAUACUCUAUCAUCUUGAUAUGUGAUGUUAAUGCUAAAUUUUAUGAGAGGAAACUUGGUAUCUCCUAGAAGUGCUCCCAUAUGACUAAUUGUUUACUACAUGAUUUUUAAUGGAAAUAAUAACAUAUUGUCUUAAAGGAAUAAAUGCAUUUGUAUUUCUUAUUGAGGUAUGAAAUGUAAGUACCUUAAAAUUUCCUUCCCUUAUAUAAACAAUGUGUUUGAGUAAUUUUUUCUGAAUUUUUCAGUUCCAAAAACCAAGUGAAUAACUCUGACAUGGAAAUUAAAGCUUGUGCCCAGUGACCCCAAGCUAAUGCUAAUAUUGAGCCUGCAAAAAGGGGGGAGGUUCUUUCUUUCUUUUUCUUUUUUCUUGACAGAGCCUUGCUCUGUUGCCCAGGCUGGAGUGCAGUGGUGAGAUCUUGGAUCACUGCAGCCUCUGCCUCCUGGUUCCAGCAAAUCUCUUGCCUCAGCCUCCCAGGUAGCUGGGAUUACAGGCAGGUGCCACCACACCCAGCUAAUUUUUGUAUUUUUAGUAGAGACGAGGUUUCACCAUGUUAUCCAGUCUGGUCUCAAACUCCUGACCUCAAGUGAUCCUUGGUCUCCCAAAAUGUUGGGGUUACAGGUGUGAGCCACUGCACCCAGCCGGGGAGGGAGGGUAUUAAAGGCUCAGUUCAUUCUUUCUAGGAAACCUUCCCUGCAGAUGUCCCAGCCUGCUCACUCUAGCCAUGGAAGAAGCCUUUAUACUGAAAAAAGUGACAGAGCCCUGGAAAGCUGGGGACCCACAGACAGAUGCAGUUAACAUUAAGAUGGAAUGGGACUGGGAGGGUCUUACUGCAGAUGAAAUUGUUACUGUUUUGAGGCAGUUUCUAGACUUUGUAAAAUGAGCUAAAUUAGGUUUAUGUAAAAAAAUUGAAUUCUAAAAGACUGUUGCAACAGAACGAAGUACCAACUAUAAGAGCUUUAAGGAUUGCAAAGUUUAAACAGAUAAAGGCUUUCUUUCUUAGGGAGGAGCAAAAAAGAUUAGAAGGUCAGAGGGGAAUAGCAAAUGGAGGAUGAAAAAAAAAUCAGAUUUUAGAUCAGAAAUCGUUUUACCAUGAAGUCAGCAAGUUUUUAGGAGGAACAUAAAAUGGGGUUGUAUGUUGGCUCAGACUGAGAGUAGCUCAAAGUUCAGGAGCCUGUGGAAAGGAGAUAAACUUAAGUAAAGUUUGAUUAAGAAGUAUUUUAGGCUGGGCACAAUGGCUCAUGCCUGUAAUCCCAGCACUUUGGGAGGCCAAGGCUGGGGGAUCACUUGAGGUCGGGAGUUCGAGACCAGCCUGGCCAACAUGACGAAACCCCAUCUCUACUAAAAAAAUAUAUAAAAAUUAGCCAGGCACGGUUGCAUGUGCCUGUUAUCCCACCUACUCUGGAGGUUGAGGCAGGAGAAUUGCUUGAACCUUGGAGGCAGAGGUUUCAGUGACCCAAGAUCGUGCCACUACACUCUAGUCUGGGCGACAGAGUGAGACUCCAUCUCAAAAAACAAACAAAAAAGCAUUUUAUUUUGACCACUGAAGACAAAUUUAGCUAAUUUUUUAAUACAAAAAAGAAAAUGUGCAGAGUCAGUGUCUGGUUAUGUGAUAAGUCAGACAAGAGAGCACCAGCUAAGUCAUAAUGAAAGGAUGUUUCUUCCCAUAAACUGUUCCUGGAGAACACAAAGGAUAGAGAAUUUUAUUAAUGCUAUUUACCAGGAUUAUCUAUGUGCUUCAUCUUUCCCCACGUCUUUGUCCUAUACAUUUUUUCCACUUGAGUUUUCUGGGUUGUAUUUUGUAUAAUAAAUGGGUAAACAUAACUACAGUAUUUUGCUGAGUUCUGUGAGUAGCUCUAUAAAAUUAUUGAACUUGAGAGAUUUAUGGGAGUCCUGAAUUUUUAAACAGUAGCUCAAAAGCAUAGAUGGACCUAUAGGGUUUGUGACUGGUGUCUGCAGUGAAGACAGUGUUGUGAGAUUGAGCCCUGGAUCAGGGUCUGUGCUGACUCUUAAGUGGGGUCAUAAUUCAAAUUUUAGACAAUGUGUUGGUUUUGAAGAAUUGCUUGGUGUUCAGCAAACAUUACAAUUUUGGUGCCAGAAGAAAGACAUCUCAGAGGCCUGGCCUGGAAUGGAACUCUGGGUAUCUGGCAAUGAGAGACUCUGCUCUCCUGUACACAGGCUGUCACACUGCCCAUUGUCCUGGGAUUUGAGGUCUCCUCCCACUCCCACUGUGAGAGAGGACUGAAAACUUAGAGGAAGGGAGCUCUUAUAGCAGACCUCCUUUUCCCACCACUGCCACCUCAGGAUUUCCACCCACUCACAAACAUACCCACUAGACAUUGAUGUGUUCACACCUCCCAGGACUAGGCACCACCUUAGGAAUUUCACCACAGCAUUUUUCAUCCUGGUGUUUCUUGCCAAAAACCCACAAAAGUGUCUACAAGUCUCCUGACAUAUUCCUGACACUGAAUCUGCAGCAGCAACCUGUUCUCUCCACCAGUCUAGGAUUCUGGACCACCUGUUCAUAAUCUCAUCUGCCUGCAUGGACACAGAAAUAAAUCAGAGGACAAUCCCACCUGGACCACUAUCUGUAGCACAAACCAUUCCUUACACGUACAUUAUGCUAUCCCCUACCCAUGAAUUUUUUAUUUUUGGUUCAGGGGUACACAUGCAGAUUUGUUAUGUGGGUGAAAUUGUGUCACGGGGGGUUUGGCAUGCAGAUUAUUUUGUCACUGAGGUACUAAGCAUAGCACCAAACAGGUAUUCUUUGAUCCUUUUUGUCCUUUCACCCUCCACCCUAAACUAGGCCUCAGUGACUGUUGUUUCUCUCUUUGUGUCCAUGUGUUCUUAUUAUUUAGCUCUUACUUAGAAAUGAGAACAUGCAUUUGGUCUUCUGUUUCUGCAUUAGUUUUCUAAGGAUAAUGGUCUCCAACUCUGUCCAUGUUUCUGCAAAGGACACAAUCUUCUUUUUUAUGGCCACACAGUAUUCAUUGUAUUUAUGUACCAUAUUUUGUUUUUAUUAAAUAUUUUAUUUUAUUUUAUUCAGUUUUGGAGACAGAGUCUCACUCUGUCACCCAGGCUGAAGUGCAGUGAUGUGAUCUUGGCUCACUGCAGCCUCAAUCUCCCUGGUGCAAACAAUCUUUCUACCUCAGCCCCCCAAGUUGCUGGGACUGCAGGUGCAUACCAUUAUGCCUGGCUAAUUUUUCUUUUUGUAUUUUUUGUAGCGAUGUGGUUUUGCCACGUUGCCCAGGCUGGUUUCAAACUUAUGACCUCAGGCAAUCUACAUGCCUUGGCCUAUGAAAGUGCUGUGAUUGGCCAGAUGCAGUGGCUCACGCCUGUAAUCCCAGCACUUUGGGAGGCCGAGGUGGGCGGAUCACAAGGUCAGGAGAUCAAGACCAUCCUGGCUAACACGAUGACACCCCGUCUCUACUAAAAAUACAAAAAAUUAGCCAGGCGUGGUGGUGGGCGCCUGUAGUCCCAGCUACUUGGGAGGCUGAGGCAGGAGAAUGGCGUGAACCCAGGAGGCGGAGCUUGCAGUGAGCAGAGAUUGAGCCACUGCACUCCACCCUGGGCAACAGCGUGAGACUCCAUCUCAAAAAAAAAAAACAAAAAAGAAAGUGCUUUGAUUACAGGCAUGAGCCACCGUGCCAUACCAUACUUUCUUUAUCCAGUCUGCCAUUGAUAGGUGUUUAUGGUGAUUCCAUGUCUUUUCUAUUGUGAGUAGUGCUGCAGUGAACAUGCAUGUCUUUGUAUCUUUAUGAUAGAAUAAUUUAUAUUUUUUGGGGUAUAAACCCAAUUAUGAGGUGCCUGGGUCAAAUGGUAAUUCUGUUUUUAGUUCUGUAAUUGCCACAAUUCUUUUCACAAUGGUUGAAUUAAGUUAUACUCCUACAGGCAGUGUAUAUGAGGCAGGAAAUAUAAAAGGAAAAACAAGUAAAGGGAAAACAAGUCCUUCCCUGAUCAGUCUGACUCACUCCAAAGUCCUGCUGGAGCUAUGAUAACAUUAUCUGCAAAGCCAGGCAGGGACCCCGAAAGAAUGGGCUCCAGGAGCAGAGAUGAGAAAAACAAGUUCUCCUUAUCAGUUUCCGCCUUUGAAAUUCUUUCCCCAUACCAUUAUUCUUUGUUCUGCUCUCACAACUAUUUUUGUAACUAUUUCUGCAAGUUUGCAAAGAUUUCAUAAGUUCCUGUUUUUCUUUCUGUAGCACGGCAAGGUCACAAGACAUGCUUAAGUAAGAUAGAGUCAUGUUGCAAAUCCUGUUGUAAAACCUGUCACGGUAUGAUUAACUGUCUUUGUUCUGCUUCUGUAAGACUGCUUUCCUGUCUCACAGGUUUCAUGCCAAAAACCUGACCCGCCCCUGUUGGUUGCAUGUAUAAAAGUCAAGCCCUGUCAUUGUUCAGGGCUCAGCCUUUGGAUAUUCAUCGGCUGGGCCGGUGGUCACCUAAAUAAAAUCCUCCUGUUCCACCAAGUGGUCUCUCCAGCCUCCUGAUUCCCACAACAUUUUGGCGAGCCAGCCAGGAGGGGAGACUACAGGUUUACUGUCUCCUUUGGCUGUGGGACUGGAGCCCCGGGCUGGGGGAGACCCGUGACCCAAGGCACCAUUGGGAGAACUUCAACCCGGAGGGGAGAUUGGCUCUCCCAUGACCCGGCGCCCCUCCCUGACAGUGCAUUGGAACCUAAGGGGCUACAGGACGAUUCCAGGACUUCACGCUACAGGACUGCAUUGCAGGAAUUGUGCCUUGGAUCCAUCCAUCCAGUCAGCUGAAACCAGCAGUCCAGGACCAGCCAACAGGACCUAGACCAUGCAACCCAGCUGAUCCUACGAUGGAACCAAGGUGCCAAUGAGAUGACAACAGCCCUGCUCUGGUCACUCCGGAAGCUGACCAGUCCACGCAUGGCUGAAGCUUGAGGAGACAACAGCCCUGCUCUAGUCACCCCAGAAGCUGACUAGUCUAUGCACGGCCGAAGCUUGAGUCAUCAUCAGGGAAGUAAAUGUGGUUAGAAAUCUGAAGUCCAGUAAUUUUCCUUGUCAUAUUAAUUAUUUUGCUAUUAAGCUGUCACUUUGCUUAGCCUUCUCCCCCCAGGAAAAAGCCUUUUCUGUCCAUGCUGGGUAUGAACAUGCUACUCAUCACUUUGUUCUUGCUACUCCCCUUAUCCAUGUUAAAAGGAGAACCCUGGGAGGGAUGCCUCCACUGCACCCACACUACGUGGUCGGGGAACAUCAUGACUAAAACCCUGUUGUAUCACACUUAUUAUGAGUGUGCUGGGACCUGCCUAGGAACUUGUACUCACAACCAGACAACCUACUCAGUCUGUGACCCAGGAAGGGGCCAGCCUUAUGUGUGUUAUGACCCUAAGUCUUCACCUGGGACCUGGUUUGAAAUUCAUGUCGGGUCAAAGGAAGGGGAUCUUCUAAACCAAACCAAGGUAUUUCCCUCUGGCAAGGGUGUCGUAUCCUUAUACUUUGAUGUUUGCCAGAUAGUAUCCAUGGGCUCACUCUUUCCCGUAAUCUUCAGUUCCAUGGAGUACUAUAGUAGCUGCCAUAAAAAUAGGUGUGCACCCCCUGCUUGUUCCACCGAUUCCCCAGUAACAACUUGCUGGGACUGCACAACGUGGUCCACUAACCAACAAUCACUAGGGCCAAUUAUGCUUACCAAAAUACCAUUAGAACCAGAUUGUAAAACAAGCACUUGCAAUUCUGUAAAUCUUACCAUCUUAGAGCCAGAUCAGCCCAUAUGGACAACAGGUUUAAAAGCACCGCUAGGGGCACGAGUCAGCGGUGAAGAAAUUGGCCCAGGAGCCUAUGUCUAUCUAUAUAUCAUAAAGAAAACUCGGACCCGCUCAACCCAACAGUUCCGAGUUUUUGAGUCAUUCUAUGAGCAUGUUAACCAGAAAUUGCCUGAGCCCCCUCCCUUGGCCAGUAAUUUAUUCGCCCAACUGGCUGAAAACAUAGCCAGCAGCCUGCACGUCGCUUCAUGUUAUGUCUGUGGGGGAACGAACAUGGGAGACCAAUGGCCAUGGGAAGCAAGGGAACUAAUGCCCCAAGAUAAUUUCACACUAACUGCCUCUUCCCUCGAACCUGCACCAUCAAGUCAGAGCAUCUGGUUCUUAAAAACCUCCAUUAUUGGAAAAUUCUGUAUUGCUCGCUGGGGAAAGGCCUUUACAGACCCAGUAGGAGAGUUAACUUGCCUAGGACAACAAUAUUACAACGAGACACUAGGAAAGACUUUAUGGAGGGGCAAAAGCAAUAAUUCUGAAUCACCACACCCAAGCCCAUUCUCUCGUUUCCCAUCUUUAAACCAUUCUUGGUACCAACUUGAAGCUCCAAAUACCUGGCAGGCACCCUCUGGCCUCUACUGGAUCUGUGGGCCACAGGCAUAUCGACAACUGCCAGCUAAAUGGUCAGGGGCCUGUGUACUGGGGACAAUUAGGCCGUCCUUCUUCCUAAUGCCCCUAAAACAGGGAGAAACCUUAGGAUACCCCAUCUAUGAUGAAACUAAAAGGAAAAGCAAAAGAGGCGUAAGUAUAGGAGAUUGGAAGGACAAUGAAUGGCCUCCUGAAAGAAUAAUUCAAUAUUAUGGCCCAGCCACCUGGGCAGAAGAUGGAAUGUGGGGAUACCGCACCCCAGUUUACAUGCUUAACCGCAUUAUAAGAUUGCAGGCAGUACUAGAAAUCAUUACCAAUGAAACUGUAGGGGCCUUGAAUCUGCUUGCCCAGCAAGCCACAAAAAUGAGAAAUGUCAUUUAUCAAAAUAGACUGGCCUUAGACUACCUCCUAGCCCAGGAAGAGGGAGUAUGCGGAAAGUUCAACCUUACUAACUGCUGCCUGGAAAUUGAUGACAAAGGAAAGGUCAUCAAAGAAAUAACUGCUAAAAUCCAAAAGUUAGCUCACAUCCCAGUUCAGACUUGGAAAGGAUAGUCUCCAGAUUCCCUUUUCAGAGGUUGGUUCUCAUCCCUUGGAGGAUUUAAAACCUUAGUACAAAUAGUUCUAGCCAUAUUGGGAGUUUGCCUUAUACUCCCUUGUCUCUUACCCCUCAUUGUCAAAAAUAUCCAAACAGCCAUAGAGGCUCUUGUGGACAGACAGACUACCACACGACUAAUGGCCCUAACUAAGUAUUAACCCCUGCCAAGAAAAGAGCUACUUCCUCUUGAAGUAAAUGAAGAUAGUGAUGCUUUCUCUUAAACUUUACUUAUAAAAAGCAUCAAAGGGGGGAAUGAAGCAGGAAAUAUAAAAGGAAAAACAAGUAAAGGGAAAACAAGUCCUUUCCUGACCAGUCUGACUCACUCCAAAGUCCUGCUGGAGCUAUGAUAAUUAUCUGCAAGGCCAGGCAGGGGCUCCGAAGGAAUGGGCUCCAGGAGCAGGGAUGAGAAAAACAAGUUCUCCUUAUCAGUUUCCCUGUUUGAAAUUCUCUCCCCAUAACAUUAUUCUUUGUUCUGCUCUCACAACUAUUUUUGUAACUAUUUCUGCAAGUCUGUAAAGAUUUUGUAAGUUCUUGUUUUUCUUUCUGUAGCAUGGCAAGGUCACAAGACAUGUUUAAGUAAGGUAGGCUCAUGUUGCAAAUCCUGUUGUAAAACUUGUCACGGUAUGAUUAACUGCUUUUGUUCUGCUUCUGUAAGACUGCUUUCUCACCUCGCAGGUUUUGCGCCAAAAACCCGACUUGCCCCUGCCUGAUGCAUGUAUAAAAGUCAAGCCCUGUCUUUGUUCAGGGCUCAGCCUUUGGAUGUUCAUCGGCUGGGCCAGUGGCCACCUAAAUAAAAUCUUCCUGUUCCACCCA